AUGGCUGUUCCGGCAUCGUAUGAUGAAGUCAAAGCUCACCUGCAGCAUAUCCUGGAUGAUCCUUCGACUCCUUUGGACAUUUCCCUCAUCGACAAACUGAAGCUGGAGCUUACGGAGAGUACAGAUCGCAGGGUUCCUGGCGCCCUUCUGACACUGAUCUCACAGCUUCUCCCGGUCCUUCAGGAAGAUCCCACUCCGAUCACCACUCUUGGUGUCAAGGCUACAACCUACUUCUCCUUCACGGAUCUCCGCUCCCUUGAGCCUCCUAUUGACUUCAUCGCGGGCUUCAAAGCACCGUCGCCACCUGUCAACCUGUUAGCUCUGACUCUCCUGAGCAAGGCAGGAGGAAUUCCCAGUGAUGCUGCCAUAGUUGCUGGCGAUCCUGAGUUGGUUGCCUCCCUGGUCGAAGUCUGGCUUACAACUACUUCGACGGCUGUCGCGCAGGCUGCUUUUGACGCUCUCUGGGCUUUACUGGAGAUCGAUCUAGCAAGCCCGCUGGAAAACGAAACACAUACCCAUGAGGCUGAAGACAGCACGGGAGGUCAAGGCCUCUUCUGGAGACGAGUUUUCACUGAUAAGGAUGUCUAUGGGCGCCUCUUCUCGCUGUGCAGUCUCACCAACGAUGAGCCAGGUGCCCUCUCGAAACGGGAGAGGACGGUCGCCCAGGGAAGGCUUAUGGGAUUCCUUGUCAAGGCAGGCAACCUACGAUGGGACUUAAUCUCCAGUUCUCAGAUCCCGGAGAUUGAAACUAAGUACGAUUCCUCUAGCAUUCUGCAUUUUGCAGCUUGUCGGAUGGUUGAUAAGAGCGAUGUGCUGAUGCACAUGACUUUACUGAACUUCUUCCGGGACCUGCUUGAAAUCGAAGCUCCUGGUUUGAGGGCUAGAGUCUAUGUGCAGUCUGCGUCAACUUUUUCCUCACCGGCGCUUGAUUUCCUGAUCUCUCAUGAUCUGCAUCUCAGCGUCCUGGAGUUUUACUUGGAUGAGACCAAACUGGAUCCUGUGGAUUUGCGAUACCUUCAUGGCCCCAUCAUGGCUUACAUUACACAGUAUGCGGAGUCAUAUCCAAAUAACUUACUGCAGAAUCCGAGCAGUCUACUGGACAAGAUCAUCUCACGGGUCUCCGGGUCGCUCGCUAUCUCGUCACAUCAAUGGGCGCAUGGCCAAGCCCCAACCGGUCAGCUUGAAAUCCUUGCCUCCUUACCCCGUGUGUUACUUGUCGAGGCCGCUAAGCACGGCGUCAAUCCUCUUUUGGCUGUUCCAACAAGUCCCCCUUGCAAAGAGGCAUUGGACGCUCUGGCCAAAAUAUUCCACGGGCCAAGGAAACUCGACAUGAGCGAUUCAAUGGAGCUGAAUACUUCUGGCCAGACACCCACUGACUGGCAUAAAGAAGCCGCAGCGGCUCGUAUUCUCUACUUCAUGUAUCUGAAUGACCACCCGAACUUCUGGACGGAUAUCGUAGCUGCGGCUGACAUCCUGGCGAUGAAGGAUGUUUCAUUAGCAGCCAUAUCUUUCAUGAAGGCUGUGAUCACAGCUAACUGGCAAGUACUCUCGGGUGAAGUCAUAUCGCCCGUCCCUGAUACUUCCCGGUAUCAGCUGCCUUCGGAAGAGGCAUUGGGCACCUUAUCUCCAGCUGCACAAGGAUUGCUUCCUUCCUCGGGCGUCUGGGCUAUCCUCACACCGCCAGCCUUGACGAUAUUGCUGCCCUAUCUGUUCAAGCCACCGCGCUCCUAUGCCGAGUUCGUUGGAGGUGGAGCAGGAGACACUCAGAACAUUGUGUGGAAAGUUGCCACCGCAAAAUACGAGGUCCUUGUUGCCUUGUAUAACCAUUUGAAGGAGAAGGGAGACCAAGUAACAGGUUUCGAGGAUAUUGUUCGUACGCUAAGACAACGAGUCAGCGAAGGUCCCUGGGGACCUCUCGCGCAAACUACCGCUCGUGUUGAGACUAAGCUCUGGACCUCUAUUCGUUCCGCCGUCCGCCCCGCCAAUAUGUCUCGAUUUGGAGCAAAGAAAGGCAGGAAGCUCCCCGGUGCAGAAUUCAGCUGGGAGGCCGAUCCUGGCGGGGAAGCAGACACAGCGCCUACGCCUCUUUUUCCUAAAUAUAACGUUCCCCGCGCGAGACCUUUGAACCCUCGCGAACAAAAACAGGUCGAUCUCUACCGUACUCUGCGAGAACGCUUUUACGACGGUCCCUACUACUCCGUCCUCCAAUCGACCUCAAUUACGGCAAGAAAAGAUGAGGCCACACGCGCGCACUUUGACCCUUUCCACGGAAUGCCUACGUAUUCGGGCAAGUACCAGAAGCAGAAGCGGGAUCGUCCGGAGUUGAAAGGACGGCCGUAUGUCAUGAAAUUCUUCCCUCGACACCUGUGGAAGACGAUUCAGCCGAACUUCAACCCCUCCGCAGCAAUGGAUGGAUACGUGGCACAUGCACCUCGCAUCGGGGUGAAAAGAGGGUUUGAGGACGACGAAGAAGAAGAGGAGAUCGAGGAGACCAAGCGUAGGAAGGGUGCCGACGAAGAUGAGGAUGCUGAGCGAAGAGAACAGGAAGAAGAGGCCGAUAUCUUGGACGCGGAUGAGGAUCAGGAGGAAGAGAUCAUUGACAGCGACUUUGAGGAUGAUGAGGACGAAAUGGGCGGUGACUACAAUGCGGAACAGUACUUUGAUGCUGGCGACGAUGAAUACGGAGAUGACGGAUUCGCAGACGGUGGAGGCGGAGGUGGAGAUGAAGACACCUACUGA